AUGGCACUACCGGUGACUUGGACACUCCAUCGAUCAGAAGGCUUUUUCCUUGUCGGUCGUUGUUCGGGACUAGAGCCAGUAUACAGUAAUACCGAUUUGCGAAACAACAUAAAGGUUGCGGUGAUUGACUUGAAAGAAACUCUCAUCAUGUCCAAGUCCGGAACAUUGCACGGAAAGGACGUGACUGAUUGGCGGUGGUGGGAUGAAAGCGUACCUGUCAAGCUACGAGCCCUUGCUCUCGGCCCCGAAACCGCUAGGUCACAAGUUCCAUCCCGAGCGGAAUUUGAAGGGUAA